AUGGUGAUGUUGGGUGAUCUUCACAGCCUGGACUUCGCCUCUCGGGCAAAACUGGCCAUCCAGAAUUUGGUGCAGAAAGUCGGAUUUUUCGGCAUCCUGGCAUGCGCUUCUAUUCCCAACCCUCUCUUCGACUUGGCCGGGAUAACAUGUGGACAUUUCCUGGUUCCCUUUUGGACCUUUUUUGGAGCCACCUUGAUCGGAAAAGCCAUCAUCAAAAUGCACAUCCAGAAACUUUUUGUGAUCAUCACCUUCAGCAAACACAUAGUGGAACAGAUGGUCUCCUUAAUUGGCUCGGUGCCUGGCAUCGGGGCAUCUCUGCAAAAACCUUUACAAGAAUACUUGGAAGCUCAGCGGAUCAAGCUGCACAGCAAAGCCAAUGAGGCCCCCCAGGGUGAAAACUGGUUGUCCUGGACAUUUGAGAAAUUGGUUAUAAUUAUGGUGUGCUAUUUUGUCUUGUCCAUUAUUAACUCCAUGGCCCAAAGUUACGACAAGCGUGUCCAGCAACGCAUGAACUCCGAGAGGAAAGCGAAAUGAGCAGGAUCAGGAAAAGGGAGGGAGGGAUUCCCACCCACCCCAACUUCCACUGGAAUAACCAGCCUUGCGUUUAAUAAUAGUCAUCAUCAUCAUCAUCAUCCUCAUUUGCAAAAGAGGGGCGGGGUUAUGGGGGGGAGGGCGGGUAAGGCUGGACUCUCUGGUUUCAGUAACUCUGCCGUUAGUUACGGUUCCCGCAGGCCACUGUCUCCACGUUAAAAGGUAGCAGAUGCAUCCCUUGUUUCGAUGUUAAUUAAUUAAUUUGUUUUCUACAUAUGUGCUUUCCCCCCCACUUCCGAAUUGACUACAUGGCUGGGUUUAGGAUUGGGGUGGUUUUUUGUUUUUUUUCCUCCCUCCCCCCUUGCUUUUUUUCCUCAUUUUUAAAGAAAAGUUUCUGGCUUUCCAGAACUUUUAGGGCUACUGUCCAUGAUGUUUAACGUUCAGCCUCUCCUUGAAGGGUGCAAAAGCCAUCUUCAUCUUAACCUGGGCGAUCUUAAGAUUUACUAGGGAUGGGGUGGUGGCCCUUUUGACAAACAUCUGGAAAUUCCCCCAUGUCAUGUUCACGGAAAGGGUGGGGAGCUUCAUUCUUCUUUCCCUUGGGCCUGUUUAGAAGGGCAUUAAUCAACACCCUCUCAGAUCAUUCCAGACUCCCCUGUUUUGGGUCUUUUAAAACUGUCCUGAGUCCUUCCUCCUUUUUGUGAGUGUGUCCGUAUUCCGGUUAAAUCCUCCCCUCCCAAUUUUUUUUAUUUUAUUUUAUUUGUAGUUCCUCUGCAACAAUCUUUCAAAAAAAAACAAAAAACCACCCUGUUUUGAAUGAAUGCUUGCUCUUGCUCCUUUGCAAGUUCUCCUCGGUUUUUGGAUUUUCCCACUCUUUGCUCAGAUCAAAGAACUAAACGGGGUGGGAUUUUUUUUUUUUUUUUGGACAUUGUUCAGUUAUUUUUAUUUAUUUAACUGACCCGGUAGCCCCGAUACCUGGAGCAUCCUUGUGUUGGAUUUUAUAAAAAAUGGUUUAACUCUCGCCGUGUUUAGGAAACGCAAGAGGAAGUUGGUUUGUAAGGUGCAAGGAAAGGUAACUGGAAUAAACAACAUUCAAAGAUA